AUGACGGCCCCGGUGGCGACGGUUUUGGCCGCAGCGCUCCUCCUCUUCCUUGCGUCCCCUGCCUCUGCCAAGCUCUCCACCGCGUACUACCAGAAGACGUGCCCCAAUGCAGAGCAGAUCAUAUCCGACGUGGUGACCAGCAAGCAGAUCUCCACCCCCACCACGGCCGCCGGCACCCUCCGCCUCUUCUUCCACGACUGCUUCGUCGGCGGAUGCGACGCCUCCAUGCUCAUCUCCACCAACGCCUUCAAUCGCGCCGAGCGUGAUGCCGAUGACAACAUCUCUCUCCCAGGCGACGCCUUCGACACCGUCAUCCGCUCCAAGACCGCGCUCGAGUUGCAGUGCCCUGGAGUCGUCUCCUGCGCCGACAUUCUCGCGCUAGCCACCCGCAAUCUCGUCCUCAUGCUCGGCGGACCCUUUUACACGGUGCGCCUCGGCCGGAAGGACGCGCUGGCCUCCUUCGCGGCCACCGUUCCCGGCAACCUCCCCCGCACCAACAUGACUGUCGAUCAGCUCAUCGAAGUGUUCGCCGAGAAGAAAAUGACGGUGCAGGAUAUGGUGGCGCUCUCCGGCGCCCACACUGUGGGCUUCUCUCACUGCAGCGAGUUCGCCUCCCGUAUCUUCGGCUACAAAGGCAAUGGCGGGCACGACCCGACGAUGAACACCCAGUACGCAGAGGCGCUGCAGAAGGCGUGCGCGAACUACCUGAAGGAUGAGACGAUUGCAGCGUUCAACGACGUGAUGACGCCGGGGAAGUUCGACAACAUGUAUUACAAGAACGUGCUUCGGGGGCUGGGGUUGCUGGCCUCAGACUCAGCGCUGGCGGUGGACAAGCGAACUCGACCGCUGGUGGAGCGCUAUGCCGCCAACCAGACCGCCUUCUACAUCGACUUCACCCACGCCAUGGAGAAGCUGAGCGUGGUCGGGGUCAAGACCGGCAGAAAAGGAGAGAUCCGUCGUCGCUGCGACGAGUUCAACAACCUCUCCACGUGA